AUGUCGACUCAGGCGAGCUGGACCUCGUUAACAGGAAUCCUAACCUUCCUAUUCGAAGGCAGUCUAAGCGCCAUAGCCGUCGCAAUCCUCAUCACCUUCGGCGUACCCAUCUUGCUACACAUCUUCUUCUUCCGCACUGUGGCGUCACCGCCAUCAAGUAACUUCCUCCUCCUCGGACCAAGCGGUGCGGGCAAGACAGCUUUCACGACUCUACUGGAAUCAAAAUCAUCGACCAGCGCCAAAAAGACCCAAACACACACAUCCCAAACAUCAACCCUAAUAACCGUCAGCCUCCCACCCACCGUCCCCACAGCCAGCAACCGCUACCGAUCAAUCAACGACCCCAGCCUAAAAGAAGCGUCCAAAAACCCCGUCCGCUACCGUCUAAAGGACACACCGGGCCAUGGCAAGCUCCGCGAAUCGCAAGGCCUCGCCGAGCUAGUCUCCAUGUCCGCCAGCAAGGAUAUCAAGACCAAGAUCCGCGGUGUGGUCUUCAUGGUUGACACGGCUGCACUGACGGACGAGGCGACCCUCCGCGACAGCGCGAGUUACCUGCACGACGUGCUGCUCGUGCUGCAGCAGCGCGCGCUGGGGAAGGGCAAGUCGUCUACGAAGCGCGAUGCGGAGAUCCCUGUGCUUAUUGCGGGGAAUAAGCAAGAUUUGUUUACUGCUUUGCCGGCGGGGUCGGUGCGGGAGAGGCUUGAGGGGGAGAUUGAGCGCAUUAGGAAGAGUAAGAGUAAGGGGUUGAUGGAUGCUAGUGCUGAUGGUGGGGAUGCAGAGGAGGAGGAGGAGGUGCUGGGUGAUGAUGAUGGGAAGGGGGUGUUUAGUUUCAAGUUGCUUGAGCAGGUUGGCAUUAAGGUUGAUGUUGUUGGGGGUGCGGUUAAGGGGGAUGCUGAGGAGGAGGUUGGGUCUGGGGUUAGGAGGUGGGAGGAGUGGAUUGGUAUGUGUCUUUGA